UAGUUGGGAAAUAUGGUCUACCGCGGGAAACCGUCCAAAGGAUGUUACAGUUGUCGCCAAAGGAAGAUCAAAUGCGACCAACGUCAAGAAGGUUGUAGUCAAUGCCUGAGGAUGGGUCGGCAAUGCCCAGGCUAUCGAAACCAAUUAGACCUUGCAUUCGAAAACGAAAGCGAAAAAAUAGAGGGGAAGUUCCGGGCAAAGGCAUCAGCGAAGAAAAGGCGCGCCAACACAGUGGCACCCCGUGAACGAGCACCAAAAGACACAACGCCCAUGAACACCGUAAGCGUUGUCCGGAAAGGUGCUACCGCUGUACCUCCCGGUACCUGCACCACAACUCCCACCACGUCCACAGCACUCACGCCCUCCAUAGAAGAACUCGGCUCCUGUUUCUUCUACUCCAACUUCUGCAGCGGCGUCACCUUUGCAAAAGACCCAGCACAAGCAACUGGAGGAGGCAUGAGCACCUGCGAGCUCGACGAGCACCUCCUCGUCAGCAUGCAAGCAGUAGGCCUAGCCAGCCUAUCCAACUUUACCAAAAACCCCACGCUCCCGCAGCAAGCAACGAAAAAGUACCUCGCGGCCAUCGGGCUCAUCAACAAAGCGCUGCAAUCGCCCCAGCAAGCCAAGAAAGACAGCACGCUACUGGCGGUCAUGGCAAUGGGCAUUUUCGAGACCGUCCACGGCUCCGACAAGCAGUCCCUCCUGGCCUGGAAAAACCACGUCAGCGGCGCCGUCGCGCUGGUCAAGCUGCGCGGCCACGCCCAACUCAACACCCUCAUCGGCCGCCGCAUGUUCCUGCAAGCCACCGCCUCCCUCCUCGUCUGCUGCUUGAAGCAGAGCACGGGCGUGCCCGCCUCGUUCCUCGACCUCCUCGACGACGCCGCCGUCCACCCCUUCGUCGACACUACCACCCCCAUCUGGCGCCUCCGCCAAGUCAUGGUCGCGUUCGCAACCCUCAAGGCCAGAGCCGCCAACCGCAGUAGCACGACCCCAGCGCAGAUCGUACACGAGGCUCUGGAGCUGGACGCCCGCGCCCUGGCUGCUAUCGCGCAGUUCCCGCCCGACUGGGCCUGCGACCGCGUCGUCACGGACAACGACCCCCACGUUGUCUUUUUCGGCUACUGCCUCAUAUACAAGGACUUCUGGACCGCGCAGAUCGCCACCGCCGCCCGCGCGUUCCGCCUCCUGCUGCAGGACACGGUCCGGCAGACGCUGCUGGCGGGCAUGGCGGCCGAGCCGCCCGCCUUCACUGGCCCGGCGUAUGCCGAGCUGUUGCACUCUACGACGCUCACGCUGUACCACCUCCAGCACGACCUCGUCGCUUGCUUCCCCCAGCAUAUCGGCUAUGCGCCGGGCGGCGAGGGGCUUGAUCCCGCCGCUGGUGCUGCGACGACAUGGCAUGGGCCGUCGGAUUCGCCGUGGCCGAGUUUCAAGAACUUGUUUGCGGGCCCCGUGGAUAAGAGGCUCGAGUGGGUUAAUCUGCCUGUCAUUCGCUGCGCUGGCAGUAACUUGGUCUUGUGGGCUAUGUUUCUUUGCGGCUCGUUGGAUGUUUGCUCGCAUGACCUUCGCUGCUGGCUGGCGAGGACGUUGAGGUGGACCGGGCAUGUGGUGGGUAUUAAUCAGGCGACUGCCCUGGCUGAUAUUUUGGAGACGGAUGCUCGAGGGGGGCCUGCUGAGGCGCGAUAAGGUUGUGUGGUGGCGGUGAUUUGGGGUAGAGGAAUAAUGGUGCUUAUAGGGGUCUACACUCACUUCUCUACUGUAUAUAAAGCCCUUUAUGUUCCGCAGUUUCCUCGUCCAGCUCAUACGGCUUCUCUACGUUGAGCAAAAAUUCCUAUGUGAUUUCUAUACU